UGGACACAAUUCAGCUCACACAAAGUAGCAUGCUAUUGCUACUACUCUGUUUCCUCGCAAGUUUUGUUUUCCAUGCUACUUUUCCUUCGGUUCCUUUUGACAUCAGUCGUCCCUUCCACAGGCGUCAUAGAUGAUAUUGCCAUUUGGACAACUGAAGAUUUUAUAGUUCUACUGGUGCAAUUUUGUGCAGUGAAAUUCGUAAUUGGGAUGCCGUUUGUUGCGAUAUUUCUAAUCUACAAGUGCCGAAGAAGACACUUAGCAAUGGAUAAGAAUAUUGAAGAAUUUUUGCAAGCUCAUAACAACUUUUUGCCGAUAAGGUAUUCUUACUCGAAUAUCAAGAAGAUCACCAGGAAUUUUAAGCAUAAACUGGGUGAAGGAGGGUAUGGUUCUGUGUACAAAGGAACACUCCGAAGCGGCAACGAAGUGGCCAUCAAGAUUUUGAAGCAGUCCAAGGCCGAUGGCCAAGAUUUUAUCAGUGAAGUGGCUACUAUUGGAAGAAUUCACCAUGUUAAUAUAGUACAACUUGUCGGUUUUUGCUCUGAAGGCUUGAAACAAGCUCUCGUCUACGAUCUCAUGUCAAAUGGAUCUUUGGAUAAGCACAUUUUCACCGAUGAAAGUGAUAAGUUUCUCGAUUAUAGGAAAAUAUAUGAGAUCGCUCUUGGGGUGGCCAGGGGGAUUGAAUAUCUACAUCGAGGGUGCGACAUGCAAAUACUACACUUUGAUAUAAAGCCUCACAACAUUCUUUUAGACCAGCAUUUCACUCCAAAAGUCUCUGACUUUGGACUGGUGAGACUUUAUCCUACUGAUCAUAGCAUAGUCUCACUGACUGCUGCAAGAGGAACCUUGGGAUAUAUGGCGCCCGAGUUGUUCUACAAAAACAUAGGCGGUGUAUCUUAUAAAGCAGACGUUUAUAGCUUCGGGAUGUUGCUCAUGGAAAUGGCAGGUAGAAGGAAGAACAUAAAUGCAAAUGCCGAACACUCAAGCCAAAUUUAUUUUCCCUUGUGGGUGUAUGACCAAGUCGGUGAAGGAGAAAGUGUUGAAAUGGAAGAAGAAGUAGCAGAAGAGGAAAGGAUGGUGAUGAAAAAGAUGAUAAUAGUCGCACUUUGGUGUAUACAAUUAAAUCCUGAUCAUCGGCCUCCAAUGAGAAAAGCCCUAGAAAUGCUUGAAGGAGAUAUUGGGAAACUUCAAAUGCCUCCAAAACCACUUAUUUACCCACGGGAUGAGCCAGUCAGCAGUGACAAAGCCAAGAUGGAACUAGAAACAUUCUCAACUUCAUCAAGUGCUCACAUAAUUUCCGCUAGUUUUCCUUUUGGAGAUAGCGAUAAUGCUUAGAGUACCAUGCAUAGUUUGAUCGAAAAAAGCUUUGUGUAUUUGUUAUAUGUCCCCACAAUCUAGUAUUUAUGUUGGGAGGGACUUGGGCUAGUUUAGCUCGACAGUGAUUACUUUCGAGAUUGCCUUUUUUUUGCUCUUUGUUAA